AUGCCACCGAUGCCAUUCAUGGACUCAUACGGCAUCAAUACCGUACCUGAACUACCACCUCAGCAUGAAUCAAAAUAUGCCGGUCAGUUCGCACCGGACGGUACUUACAUUGGAAAACCGCAACUUCGUGUUGCGUACAUGAAUCGACCAAGACGCUCGCCAUCAAAUAACGAGGUA